GUUUAGUUAAAUAUUGCUGGGCCCUUCUCAGCAGCUUGUUUUUUAAACGUUUCCAGGUGUUGCUUGCCCAGGGCAUCCUUUCUAACACCAAUAUGUAAAGGGACGAUUACUCUUUCCCCGUCACAGCCUCACGCGCACUCCCAGGAGAGGGCAGGCAGGACAGCGGCCUAGAGAUGCACGCAAGGCGUGGGUCUCUAAGCUACCAUUAAGGAGUACAACUGUAAAGAGGGGAACCAAGGUUUAUUUUCGUGAACACUUAGGGCUGAGAAGGUGUAUUUAAAUGGUAGUUUGUAGAACACCAAAGUAUUAUGUACCAUUUGCGAAAAAAAAGGGAAGGUAAUGCUGACUCAACAGUGGCAACAGCGGGAUAGUGAAAAGUAGAUGGGAAUGAUCUUUUUAAGUGUUGAAGACAAAAAGAACAAGUAGAGAGAGCCGGACGUGACGGAAGUAAGAGACAGGAGGCCUAAUUUCGCCUUGGCGAGUGAGAUAGGCAAGCGGCGGUGGCGGCAGCAGCCGGAACGCAGUGACGUACUUCCGUUGGUCGGCCGGCCAUGCGCGCGCUUACUUCCGUCGCGCCUGCGCAGGUAGCCCCCUACUCCCGGUUGUGGCGGAUUCGGGGGAUCCGUAUUACAUAUGUUAGUCUCUCAUAGGAGACUGUGCACUUUUAACUCCCGAGGGCGAUGCGCUCCAGUACAGCCGUCAGGGCCGGCCAGAAAGUCUGCAGGUGCCUGUUGUCUGGGUUUAGUCGAGUAGAUGGGGGGCAACCGGAGCAGUUGACGGAAGGGAGCGCCUCCUUCGUAGGGCCCUUGAGGUCGCAUGCGGAGCUGCCCCCGGUGAGCGAGCCGAGAGAAGGCCCCGAGUCUGGAGGCGAGGAGAGCGAGGCGCUGGUAGAGAUCUGUCAGAAAAGGCGUUUUCUCAGUGGCACCAAGCGACAGCUUAGUCGAGAUUGUCUUCUGAGCGGGUGCCACCCCGGCCUUGGCCCCUUGGGAAUAGAGUUGCGGAAGAACCUGGCGGCGGAAUGGUGGUCCUCGGUGGUGGUGUUCAGGGAGCAGGUCUUCCCGGUAGACGCCCUCCACCAUGAACCAGGUCCUUCGCUGCCCGGGGACAGUGCCUUCAGGUUAGUUUCUGCAGAAACGCUACGCGAAAUCUUGCAAGACAAAGAGCUGAGUAAGGAACAGCUAGGAGCAUUUCUUGAGAACUUACUGAAAACUUCUGGGAAACUACGGGAGAACCUUCUUCACGGUGCCUUGGAGCACUAUGUUAAUUACCUGGAUCUGAUAAACAAGAGGCUACCUUUUGGCCUUGCUCAGGUUGGAGUGUGUUUUCAUCCUGUUUCUGAUACUAAGCAGACACCUGAUGGUGUUAAAAGAAUCGGUGAAAAGACUGAAGCUUCACUGGUAUGGUUUACUUCAGCAAGAACUGCGAGCCAGUGGCUUGAUUUCUGGUUACGUCAUCGACUCCUGUGGUGGAGAAAGUUUGCUGUGAGUCCAUCUAACUUCAGCAGCAGUGAUUGUCAGGAUGAAGCGGGCCAAAAAGGAAACAAACUUUACUACAAUUUUCCAUGGGGAAAGGAGCCAAUAGAAACCCUGUGGAAUCUAGGAGAUCAUGAACUUUUACACAUGUAUCCUGAAAAUGUAGCUCAAUUACACGGCAGAGAUGGACGGAAAAAUGUGGUUCCUUCUGUUUUAUCCAUAAAUGGAGAUCUAGACCGAGGCAUGCUGGCAUAUCUCUACGAUUCUUUCCAGCUAACAGAGAACUCCUUUACAAGAAAGAAAGAUCUUCAUAGAAAGGUGCUUAAACUUCACCCUUGCUUAGCCCCUAUUAAGGUUGCUUUGGAUGUGGGAAGAGGCCCAACAGUGGAACUAAGACAGGUUUGUCAAGGGCUAUGUAAUGAAUUAUUAGAAAAUGGAAUAUCUGUGUGGCCUGGUUAUUUGGAAACUGUGCCAUCCUCAUUGGAACAACUUUAUUCAAAAUAUGAUGAAAUGAGUAUCCUCUUCACAGUGUUGAUUACUGAAGCUACUUUGGAGAAUGGAUUAAUACAUCUGAGAAGUAGAGACACCACAAUGAAGGAAACGAUGCAUAUAUCCAAACUAGAAUACUUAUAUAAAAGAAAACAUCUCAUCUGCUGUUUGCUUAGAGGGGCCUCAGCCUUCACUGGAAGAUUGUAUUCCUGGGCUCAGAUCAGCUGGCUGCACUAACUGGCAACAUGGAAUGUCUGCACUGCAGUUGGAGGUAA